UAAUGAGCAGAAAUUAGAAAAAACAAGAAUAAAACAUUGAACCUGCAAUCAAAUAAAUGGAAUUUAGAAAAAAAAGAGGAGAAAAAAUGAAUUAUUUGAUGAAACGUGAGUUACCUGAAGAAGAUGAUUUUUGGAAUAAUAACAAAUAUUUUAAUUAAGAUAAUAUUGAUGAUGAUGAGUCUUAUUAAUAAAAAGAAAAUAUAAAAGAAGAUAGUUUUGAUUCAGAUUUUAUUGAUUCUUCAGACUCUGAAGAAUCUGAAGACGAUAAUUAAUCACAUAAAUCAACUACAAAAAAGGUGGAUAAAGAAAAAACUAGAGUUAUUCGUAGUGUUAGUAAAACAUCUUAUAUUCAUGAUCAUUUUAAUUAAGAAUAUUUAAUAAGAGAAGCUGUCUAAACAGAAUUACGUAAUAAGUAUAAUACAAUUAUUAUAUUAGGGUUUCACUUUAAUAUUUAAUAUAAAUUGAAGAGGAUAAAAAAAAGAUUAAAGUUGAAAGAGAUAAUGUGAUUGAUGGUCCAAUUAUAAGAUAGUUAGAUAAUUAAAAUGAAAAAACUUUAUAAUUUAUUAAUUUUGAAAAAGGAGAAUACCCUUAGUUAUUUCUCAAUACCUCCAAAAAAAAUGAUAAAUCUCAAAAAACAAAAUAUAAAGAUCCUUAAACAGGAAUAGGAUUUUCCACAAUUUAAGAGUUCAAAACAAUUAAGAGAUAAAAUAAAAUAUAAGAAAAAAUCAAUUAAUUAUUAAAGUAAAUGAAUGGUUGAU